CGGGCUAUGAACAAUUGCACGCAGCACAACCAUGUCGCCACCGAUCCUGAAAGUACCGAGCAAUGCGUCUGGGACCAAUCCUUCACAUGUGUCCAUGCCGACGACCAGCAAGAAGAGACUCCUCAACGGCCAUCUAAAGGCGUCCUCUCCCGAUUAUGAAGUACAGCAAAAGCACCACAAUGAUGCGCUCAAACCCCUGCAAAACAACUCUGAUGACAAUGGCGCACCGGGGCUAUCUUCAAGAAGGCCUGUGCUCCAUGAAGGGCUUGCGCAGAAAUUGUCGGCAGGAAAGAAUGAGCAAGGCAGGCACAAAGGCGUGGUGAACGAGCAAAAGAAGGCUGCUUUAUUGAAACUACGCAAGGAACUGCCGAUAUGGAACCAUGAAAGACUCAUCCGUCAAUCAUUGUCCGGCAAUAAAGACAUCAUGCUCAUGGUGGGUGAGACAGGUAGCGGAAAGAGUACGCAGGUACCGCAGUUUCUGAUGACCGAGCCCUGGUGUAAGAGAUGCAUUGCCAUCACACAGCCACGCCGAGUGGCGGCUAUAUCCCUGGCGAGGCGCGUAGCAGAUGAGAUGGGCAUGACACUCGGUGCACCUGCCUGCCAAGUGGGAUAUUCCGUACGAUUCGACACGUCGAUAGGACCGAAUACUAGAAUCAAAUUUCUCACAGAGGGUAUGCUUCUACAAGAGAUGUUACGCGAUCCAACAUUACCGCAAUAUAGCGCAGUGAUCGUAGAUGAGGUUCACGAACGGAGUGUCAAUGUUGAUUUAAUAUUGGGGUUUCUGCGGAAUCUAGUCAGCUCCAAACGUGCUGCUAUGAAAGUCGUCGUCAUGAGUGCCACGGCUGACGUAGAGGGACUGACCAAGUUCUUUCAGGACGGCCUACGUGAGAAGACUAUAUCGAACGGCACUGACAGAAAGGCUACAAAGGUUCAUAGCCAAGGGACCUCAUCAUCCAGCACCGGCAGUGCCAAGGCACAUCAUACGAAGGACUACACUGUCGAUGCAUUUUCGGAUCGUAUAUCUACAUGUCUGAUCAAGGGCCGACAGUUUGAUGUCAAAACCACCUACGUACACGAGCCGACCCAAGAUUUUGUCGAGGAGGCUCUCAAGACUAUCUUCAGGAUCCAUUGCAAAGAGCCACUACCCGGGGACAUACUCGUCUUUUUGACCGGACAAGAAACAGUAGAAUCUCUCCAGCGUCUCGUCAAUGAAUACGCUGGUGGUCUUGAUGAAAAGACUCCUAAGAUUCUCACAUUGCCUCUUUUCGCUGCACUCCCCCAAAUAGCUCAGCAGCGGGUUUUUGACAAGGCGCCUCAUUUCACUCGUAAAGUCAUUCUCGCUACCAACAUUGCCGAAACCUCAAUUACCGUUCCUGGGAUACGAUAUGUCAUAGACUGCGGUAAGGUAAAGAUGAAACACUUUCGCAACAACCUAGGACUUGAAUCCUUGCUUGUCAAGCCUAUAUCGAUGUCUUCUGCGAUUCAACGCCAAGGUCGCGCAGGUCGUGAGGCACCUGGACAAUGUUUCCGCUUAUACACGGAGAGAAGCUUUCAAGAACUACAAAAAGUAACUACCCCAGAGAUCUUGCGAUGCGACCUGAGUCAGGCACUGCUGACCAUCAUGGCCCGCGGAGUUCCUGUGCAAGACAUCAUAACGUUCCCCUUUCUUGACCGACCGAGCGACGAAUCACUCAAGCAAGCUUUAACCCAGCUUCUCCAACUUGGCGCUCUUAAUGAGUCCGCACAUUUUAGUCACACAGGCAAACAGCUCGCCCGUCUUCCUCUCUCUCCAACGCUCGGACGGGUUAUCCUCGAAGCUGCGAAGCCUGAACGUGAUUGCCUGUCUGAAAUCAUCGAUAUUAUCGCAUGUCUCAGUGUCGAAAACAUAUUCCUCAAUAUUCAUACCGAGGAGAAGAAGGAAGCCGCCGAAGAGGCCCGCCGCUCCCUAUUCCGCCGCGAGGGAGACCAUCUAACUCUUCUUGCCACUAUCCGCGCAUACAGUGAAGAACAAUCUGAUCGCCGUGCAUGGUCUGAUCGUCACUUUGUAAGCCAUCGAGCUAUGCAGAAUGUUAUAGACAUUCGGAAACAGCUACGGGCCCAGUGUGUGCAGAUGAAAUUGCUUGAUCGUAAUGCUACAGAAGGCUCCAGGAUGGAUGAAGACACCAAGGCGGCGAUGUUACAAUGUCUGCUGAGAGGUUUCGCUACGAACACCGCCAGGCUUAUGCCGGAUGGGUCGUACAAGACGAUGGUUGGCAAUCAGGUCGUAGCCAUACAUCCUACUAGCGUGCUGUUUGGUCGCAAGGUCGAGGCUAUCGUGUUCUCAGAAUUUGUCUUCACGAAUCGCAGUUAUGCAAGAGGGGUGAGUGCGGUGCAGCUUUCCUGGGUUGGUGACGUUCUAGCUGGCGCUACAUGAGACGAUGCAUCUUAAUGCACAUAAUCUUCCUACGCUAGUAUGAAUAACCUACAUAC